ACUAACCUGUGCAGUGACUUCCUGUGUCUACCUGGCCACCAUGCAAUCCCUAUCAUUCCUCCUGCUCUCUAUCUGCCUCUCCUCAGGGAUGUCUGCUUCCCUGGUCGUGAAGUCAACCCGUGAAGAGGGCGCCCCUCCUGCUGUUAAGACCACGUUCAGGGUUGACACCUCUGCUCCGGGUGUUGAUGAUACUCCUGCAGCUGAGGCUGUGGCAGAAGCCCUGGUGGCAGAUACCGCUGUACCUGAUGAGGUUGUAUUCGAGGAGCCGGUUGAGGACAUCCCAGUUGCAGACGCCCCUGUAGACGCCCCUGCCAUGGCAGAAGAAAAUGAGGCCCUGGUAACGGAAGCAAUGAUUAAAGAGUUGUCUGCCCAGUUCGAGGACGAAGACCUCGCUGAAGAGACAGAGAUUCAAGACGCCAUCUUGAAAGGGUUGGCUGACCAGGAGGCCAUUGAGAAGGCAGUGGAGGAGCCCGUUGAAGAAGAGGCGGCAGAAGCUCCAGCGGAGGAUCCAGCCAGCUCUGUGAUACCUGCCUUCAAAGCCCAGGAAGAGGACUCUGGAUGGGGUUUGGCUUCCAUCAGGGAGAGCCUCCAGGCAGCCAACGGAUACUUUGACUCCCUGGUGGAAAUGAUGGGGGGGCCCAACGGAGUGUGUCAAUACAAGUGCAAAUACGGUAAGGAUGGGAGAGGGGUUGUGUGUGUGUGUGUGUGUGUGUAUCAGUGUUUACAUGAACAUCCCAGUAUGUCACCGAGCCUGGCUAUAUACACCUAGGACGCGAUUCAAUCCGUAGUGCAGAAGUUCAGACGCAAUAGCACGAUUCAAAAUGUCAAGGUGAUUUCCGAUUGAGCCGACACGUGCAGUGUUUACCGUAGUUUACCGUGAAUGCAGUCUCCGCAAAUGCGGUAACAUUGCCUUUAAACGUCAAUUGCGCUAUAGCGCUGAACUUUCGCGAUGAAUUCCAGCCCUGAAUGUAACAAUACCUAGAUACUGACUGUUAUCCUUGAUCCAGUAUAGAGUCAAACUGGAUUUGCUAAAGAACCGAUCACAUUGUAGCCAUUCAGGCUUUAACAAACAAAGACCACCAGUUAGGCCCCUCUCUCCCGCUCCCUCUCCCCCCCUCUCUCUCUCCCUCUCCCCCUCUCUCUCCCCCCCCUCUCCCCCCUCUCUCUCCCCCCCCCCCCCUCUCUCUCUCCCUCUCCCCCCCUCUCUCCCUCUCCCCCCCCCCCCUCUCUCUCCCCCUCUCCCCCUCUCUCUCCCUCUCCCCCCCUCUCUCUCUCUCAAUUCAAUUCAAUGUAAGGGCUUUAUUGGCAUGGGAAACGUAUGUUAACAUUGCAAGUGAAGUAGAUAGUAAACAAAAGUGAAAUAAACAAUAAAUAUUAACAGUAAACAUUACACUCAGAAGUUUCAAAUGUCAUAUUAUGUAUAUAUACAGUGUUGUAACAAUGGGCAAAUAGUUAAAGUACAAAUGGGAAAAUAAAUAAACAUAAAUAUGGGUUGUGUUUACAAUGGUGUUUGUUCUUCACUGGUUGCCCUUUUCUUGUGGCAACAGGUCACAAAUAUUGCUGCUGUGAUGGCACACUGUGGUUUUUCACCCAGUAGGUAAGGGAGUUUAUCAAAAUUGGGUUUGUUUUCAAAUUCUUUGUGGAUCUCUGUAAUCUGAGGGAAAUAUGUGUCUCUAAUAUGGUCAUACAUUUGGCAGGAGGUUAGGAAGUGCAGCUCAGUUUCCACCUCAUUUUGUGGGCAGUGUGCACAUAGCCUGUCUUCUCUUGAGAGCCAGGUCUGCCUACGGCGGCCUUUCUCAAUAGCAAGGCUAUGCUCACUGAGUCUGUACAUAGUCAAAGCUUUCCUUAAGUUUGGGUCAGUCACAGUGGUCAGGUAUUCUGCCACUGUGUACUCUCUGUUUAGGGCCACAUAGCAUUCUAGUUUGCUCUGUUUUUUUGUUAAUUCUUUCCAAUGUGUCAAGUAAUUCUCUUUUUGUUUUCUCAUGAUUUGUUUGGGUCUAAUUGUGUUGUUCUCUCUCUCUCUCUCUCUCUCUCUCUCUCUCUCUCUCUCUCUCUCUCUCUCUCUCUCUCUGUUAUAACCCCCCCCCCCCCCCCCCCCCUCCCCCCUCCCCCCUCCCAUAAUAUUAAGAAAUGCUAUAGAUGGAAGGAAAGUGUAGAAACCUACCAAAAAAGGCUGUUCUCUCUCUCUCUCUCUCUCUCUCUCUCUCUCUCUCUCUCUCUCUGUGUCUCUCUCUCUCUGUGUUGUUUACCUCUGUGUUCAUCUGUUUAUCGUACUUAUGGUCAAUAAUAAUUGAUUGAACUGUUUGGCUGUGUACCAACAUGAGGCCCAUUCGUCAACAGAAGUAAAUUCUUAUAUUAUCCAUCUGUGAUAUUGCUGAGAGAGGUAUAUUCUGAGGUCAGUGUUAACGUUACAUUAAUAAUAGAUCACUUCAGUGAGUCUCAGCGAUCUAGAUUGACCAGAUGACAGAGGCAUAGUUAUUACAGCAUGGACCUACAGGUUAAAUUCCAAUGUCCACACUAGCAUACCACGUUGAAUGUAUACCCAACACAUUGCGUCCAUUCUAAGUAUGUGCUAGUAUAUAAUCACUACGUUCCAAUAUCCACACUAGCCCAAUACAUUUCUCCAUAGCCUACAGUUAAGGCUAUUAAAGCUAUUAGUAGAGUAGUAUCAUAUACUAGUAUGGUCACUGGAAUGGGGAUAACUAAUAGAACUGUGAAAGUACCACUCGGACUUCUUUGUCAUUUUCUGGAGAUAUUUUGCUGAAGUAAUUUGAAAAGGUCCUAUCAAUAAACGUCACGCUAGGUUGUUGAACGUUCAAUUUGCGAUUAUUGAUAACAACCUCUCUUAAUUAAAUAUUUGGAUCGUCUGCACAAGGGUCGGAUUAAAAGUUGUUUAUAUUUCCUUAUUAGGUAAAACACCAGUGCAUCGCUAUGGUUACGUGACCCCAGAGCCCAACGGUUGCAGCUCCAACCUCCUAGGAUUCCAGGUACCUGAUAGUGUAUGUUUCCUAUCACUAACUAUAGGCUGUCUGUUAUACUAACACCCAAUACACACACUGUAUGAAUCUUAUAGUGGAUGUUUCCUAUCAGUAUGAAUCUUAUAGUGGAUGUUUUCUCUCUCUAACUGUAGACAGUAUAUUUCCUAUCAGUAUAUGAUACUGUCCUAAUACAUCAGUAUAUGAUACUGUCCUAAUACAUCAGUAUAUGAUACUGUCCUAAUACAUCAGUAUAUGAUACUGUCCUAAUACAUCAGUAUAUGAUACUGUCCUAAUACAUCAGUAUAUGAUACUGUCCUAAUACAUCAGUAUAUGAUACUGUCCUAAUACAUCAGUAUAUGAUACUGUCCUAAUACAUCAGUAUAUGAUACUCCUAUACAUCAGUAUAUGAUACUGUCCUAAUACAUCAGUAUAUGAUACUGUCCUAAUACAUCAGUAUAUGAUACUGUCCUAAUACAUCAGUAUAUGAUAACUGUCCUAAUACAUCAAUGUUACUCCUGUAUUUAGUUAUACAAUAAUACUGUAUACUCUUAUAGGCCGUAUAUACAACCCUUAUGAGUGACUCUAUAUAUAGUACUAUAACUAAACUCCUAUAAUCAUAGUGUAUAACUCCUAUAUAUGAUAGUGUUAAACUCCUUAUAUAGUGUAUAACUCCUAUAUAGAGUGUAUAACUCCUUAUAUAGAGUGUAUAACUCCCUAUAUAGAGUGUAAACUCCCUAUAUAUAGUGUAAUAAUCCCUAUAUAUAGUGUAUAAUCCCUAUAUUAUCGCCUAUUAAGUUAUCCCUAUAUACUGUUACUCCCUAUAUAUAGUGUAUAACUCCCUAUAUAUAGUGUAUAACUCCUUAUAUAUAGUGUAUAACUCCUUAUAUAUAGUGUAUAACUCCUUAUAUAGAGUGUAUAACUCCCUAUAUAGAGUGUAUAACUCCUUAUAUAUAGUGUAUAACUCCUUAUAUAUAGUGUAUAACUCCUUAUAUAGAGUGUAUAACUCCCUAUAUAGAGUGUAUAACUCCUUAUAUAUAGUGUAUAACUCCUUAUAUAUAGUGUAUAACUCCUUAUAUAUAGUGUAUAACUCCCUAAAUAGAGUGUAUAACUCCUUAUAUAUAGUGUAUAACUCCCUAUAUAGAGUGUAUAAAUCCCUAUAUAUAGUGUAUAACUCCCUAUAUAUAGUGUAUAAAUCCCUAUAUAGAGUGUAUAAUUCCCUAUAUAUAGUAUAUAAAUCCCUAUAUAUAGUGUAUAACUCCCUAUAUAGAGUGUAUAACUCCUUAUAUAUAGUGUAUAACUCCUUAUAUAGUGUAUACCUAUUAGUGUAUAAAUCCUAUAUAGAGUGUAUAACUCCCUAUAUAGAGUGUAUAACUCCUUAUAUAUAGUGUAUAACUCCUUAUAUAUAGUGUAUAACUCCUUAUAUAUAGUGUAUAACUCCCUAUAUAGAGUGUAUAACUCCUUAUAUAUAGUGUAUAACUCCCUAUAUAUAGUGUAUAACUCCUAUAUAUAGUGUAUAACUCCUUAUAUAUAGUGUAUAACUCCCUAAAUAGAGUGUAUAACUCCUUAUAUAAGUGUAUAACUCCUUAUAGAGUGUAUAAAUCCCUAUAUAGAGUGUAUAAACUCCCUAUAUUAGUGUAUAAUCCUAUAUAUAGUGUAUAACUCCCUAUAUAUAGUGUAUAACUCCCUAUAUAUAGGUGUAUAACUCCCUAUAUAGAGUGUAUAACCCCUAAUAUGAGUGUAUAACUCCUUAUAUAUAGUGUAUAACUCCCUAUAUAGAGUGUAUACUCAAAAAGUCUAUAACCUUAUAUAGUGUAUAACUCCCUAUAAUAGAGUGUAUAAAUCCUAUAUAUAGUGUAUAACUCUCCUAUUAUAAGUGUUAUAACUCCUUAUAUAUAGUGUAUAACUCCUUAUAUAUAGUGUAUAACUCCUUAUAUAUAGUGUAUAACUCCCUAAAUAGAGUGUAUAACUCCUUAUAUAUAGUGUAUAACUCCCUAUAUAGAGUGUAUAACUCCUUAUAUAUAGUGUAUAACUCCUUAUAUAUAGUGUAUAACUCCCUAAAUAGAGUGUAUAACUCCUUAUAUAUAGUGUAUAACUCCCUAUAUAGAGUGUAUAAAUCCCUAUAUAUAGUGUAUAACUCCCUAUAUAUAGUGUAUAAAUCCCUAUAUAUAGUGUAUAACUCCCUAUAUAUAGUGUAUAACUCCCUAUAUAUAGUGUAUAACUCCCUAUAUAGAGUGUAUAACUCCCUAAAUAGAGUGUAUAACUCCUUAUAUAUAGUGUAUAACUCCCUAUAUAGAGUGUAUAAAUUCCUAUAUAUAGUGUAUAACUCCCUAUAUAUAGUGUAUAAAUCCCUAUAUAUAGUGUAUAACUCCCUAUAUAGAGUGUAUAAAUCCCUAUAUAUAGUGUAUAACUCCCUAUAUAUAGUGUAUAAAUCCCUAUAUAUAGUGUAUAACUCCCUAUAUAUAGUGUAUAACUCCCUAUAUAGAGUGUAUAACUCCCUAUAUAGAGUGUAUAACUCCCUAUAUAUAGUGUAUAAAUCCCUAUAUAUAGUGUAUAACUCCCUAUAUAUAGUGUAUAACUCCCUAUAUAUAGUGUAUAACUCCCUAUAUAGAGUGUAUAACUCCCUAUAUAUAGUGUAUGAAUCCCUAUAUAGUGUAUAACUCCCUAUAUAUAGUGUAUAACUCCCUAUAUAUAGUGUAUAAAUCCCUAUAUAGAGUGUAUAACUCCCUAUAUAUAGUGUAUAACUCCCUAUAUAUAGUGUAUAAAUCCCUAUAUAGUGUAUAAAUCCCUAUAUAUCAAAUAAAAUAAAAUGUUAUUUGCCACAUGUGCCGUAUACAACAACAACCAACAAUGCAGGUUUACCUUUGGACAAAAAUAGAUAAGUCAAAAAUAAAAAAUAAAUAAAGAGCAGCAGUAAAAUAAAAUAACAGUAGGGAGGCUAUAUACAGGGGGUACCGGUACAUAGUCAAUGUGUGGGGGCACAGGUUAGUCGAGGUAAUUGAGGUAAUAUGUGUAUGUGGGUAGAGUUAAAGUGACUAUGCAUAGAAAAUGUGGUCCUCUGUAGCUCAGCUGGUAGAGCACGGCGCUUGUAACGCCAAGGUAGUGUGUUCGAUCCCCGGGACCACCCAUACACAAAAAUGUAUGCACGCAUGACUGUAAGUCACUUUGGAUAAAAGCGUCUGCUAAAUGGCAUAUUAUAUAUUAUAUUAUUUAUUAUAAAAUAAACAGAGUAGCAGCAGUGUAAAAGAGGGGGUGGGGUGGGGAGGACAAUGCAAAUAGUCCGGGUAGCCAUGAUUAGCUGUUCAGGAGUCUUAUGGGUUGGGGGUAGAAGCUGUUAAGAAGCCUUUUGGACCUAGACUUGGAGCUCCGGUACCGCUUGCUGUGCGUUAGCAGAGAGAACAGUCUAUGACUAGGGUGGCUGGAGUUUUAGGGCCUUCCUUUGACACCGCCUGGUAUAGAGGUCCUGGAUGGCAGGGAGCUUGGCCGUACGCACUACCCUCUGUAGUGCCUUGCAGUCGGGGGCCGAGCAGUUGCCAUACCAGGUGGUGAUGCAACCAGUCAGGAUGCUCUCGAUGGUGCAGCUGUAUAACUUUUUGAGGAUCUGAGGACCCAUGCCAAAUCUUUUCAGUCUCCUGAGGGGGAAUAGGCUUUGUCGUGCCCUCUUCACGACUGUCUUGGUGUGUUUGGACCAUGAUAGUUUGUUGGUGAUGUGGACACCAAGUAUGAUUCAAUCUUAGUCCUGUAUUGACUCUUUGCCUGUUUGAUGGUUCGUCAGAGGGCAUAGCGGGAUUUCUUAUAAGCGUCCGGGUUAGAGUCCCGCUCCUUGAAAGCGGCAGCUCUACCCUUUAGCUCAAUAAAAUAAUAUAAUAUGCCAUUUAGCAGACGCUUUUAUCCAAAGCGACUUACAGUCAUGUGUUCAUACAUUUUUACGUAUGGGUGGUCCCGGGGAUGGAACCCACUACCCUGGCGUUACAAGCGCCAUGCUCUACCAAUUGCGCUACAGAGGACCACCCAUACGUAAAAAUGCGGAUGUUGCCUGUAAUCCAUGGCUUCUGGUUGGGGUAUGUACGUAAGGUCACUGUGGGGACGACGUCAUCGAUGCACUUAUUGAUGAAGCCAGUGACUGAUGUGGUGUAGUCCUCAAUGCUAUCGGAAGAAUCCCGGAACAUAUUCCAGUCUGUGCUAGCAAAACAGUCCUGUAGCUUAGCAUCUGCAUCAUCUGACCACUCCUUUAUUAACCGAGUCACUGGUGCUUCCUGCUUUAGUUUUUGCUCAUAAGCAGGAAUCAGGAGGAUACAAUUAUGGUCAGAUUUGCCAAAUGGAGGGUGAGGGAGAGCUUUGUAAGUGUCUCUGUGUGUGGAGUAAAGGUGGUCUAGAGUUUUUUUCCUCUGGUUGCACAUUGAACAUGCUGGUAGAAAUGAGGUAGAAUGGAUUUAAGUUUCCCUGCAUUAAAGUCCCCGGCCACUAGGAGCGCUGCCUCUGGAUGAGCGUUUUCCUGUUCACUUAUGGCCUUAUACAGCUCAUUCAGUGCAAUCUUAGUGGCAGCAUCGGUUUGUGGUGGUUAAUAGAUACAGUGAGGGAAAAAAGUAUUUGAUCCCCUGCUGAUUUUGUACGUUUGCCCACUGACAAAGACAUAAUCAGUCUAUAAUUUUAAUGGUAGGUUUAUUUGAACAGUGAGAGACAGAAUAACAACAAAAAAAUCCUGAAAAACGCUUGUCAAAAAUGCUAUAAAUUGAUUUGCAUUUUAAUGAGGGAAAUAAGUAUUUGACCCCUCUACAAAACAUGACUUUGUGAUUGCCAACAAGGGUUUUGCCACCAAGUACUGAGGUCAGACGUUUCUUGUAGUUGGCCACCAGGUUUGCACACAUCUCAGGAGGGAUUUUGUCCCACUCCUCUUUGCAGAUCUUCUCCAAGUCAUUAAGGUUUCGAGGCUGACGUUUGGCAACUCGAACCUUCGGCUCCCUCCACAGAUUUUCUAUGGGAUUAAGGUCUGGAGACUGGCUAGGCCACUCCAGGACCUUAAUGUGCUUCUUCAUGAGCCACUCCUUUGUUGCCUUGGCCAUGUGUUUUGGGUCAUUGUCAUGCUGGAAUACCCAUUUACGACCCAUUUUCAAUGCCCUGGCUGAGGGGAGGAGGUUCUCACCCAAAAUGGCCCCGUCCAUUGUCCCUUUGAUGCGGUGAAGUUGUCCUGUCCCCUUAGCAGAAAAACACCCCCAAAGCAUAAUGUUUCCACCUCCAUGUUUGACGGUGGGGAUGGUGUUCUUGGGGUCAUAGGCAGCAUUCCUCCUCCUCCAAACACGGCGAGUUGAGUUGAUGCCAAAGAGCUCGAUUUUGGUCUCAUCUGACCACAACACUUUCACCCAGUUCUCCUCUGAAUCAUUCAGAUGUUAAUUGGCAAACUUCAGACCGGCCUGUAUAUGUGCUUUCUUGAGCAGGGGGACCUUGCGGGCACUGCAGGAUUUCAGUAGUGUGUUACCAAUUGUUUUCUUGGUGACUAUGGUCCCAGCUGCCUUGAGAUCAUUGACAAGAUCCUCCGUGUAGUUCUGGGCUGAUUCCUCACCGUUCUCAUGAUCAUUGCAACUCCACGAGGUGAGAUCUUGCAUGGAGCCCCAGGCCGAGGGAGAUUGACAGUUCUUUUGUGUUUCUUCCAUUUGCGAAUAAUCGCACCAACUGUUGUCACCUUCUCACCAAGCUGCUUGGCGAUGGUCUUGUAGCCCAUUCCAGCCUUGUGUAGGCCUACAAUCUUGUCCCUGACAUCCUUGGAGAGCUCUUUGGUCUUGGCCAUGGUGGAGAGUUUUGAAUCUGAUUGAUUGAUUGCUUCUGUGGACAGGUGUCUUUUAUACAGGUAACAAACUGAGAUUAGGAGGCACUCCCUUUAAGAGUGUGCUCCUAAUCUCAGCUCGUUACCUGUAUAAAAGACACCUGGGAGCCAGAAAUCUUUCUGAUUGAGAGGGGGUCAAAUACUCAUUUCCCUCAUUAAAAUGCAAAUCAAUUUAUAACAUUUUUGACAUGUGUUUUUCUGGAUUUUUUUGUUGUUAUUCUGUCUCUGUUCAAAUAAACCUACCAUUAAAAUUAUAGACUGAUCAUGUCUUUGUCAGUGGGCAAACUUACAAAAUCAGCAGGGGAUCAAACACUUUUUUCCCCUCACUGUAGCUACGAAAAAUAUAGACGUAAACUCUCUCAUAAGAUAUUACAGUGUAUAAAUCCCUAUAUAUUGUAUACAUCCCUAUAUAAAUCCUAUGUAUUAUCCCAACACAGUUUGACAUUGGUAUCCCAGCCAUGACCCAGUGCUGUAACCAGCUGGACAGUUGUUACGACACCUGUGGCUCCAACAAGUACCGCUGUGACUCCAAGUACCGCUGGUGUCUCCACGCCAUCUGCUCUGACCUGAAGAAGAGCUUGGGGUUCGUGUCAAAGGUCAAAGGUGAGUUACUGUAGCCACAGGAGUAUAUACUCUCCUCCACUCACUCAAUCGGCCGUCCUGCCCUUGAGCAAGGCAGUUAACCCCCAACAACAAUUGCUCCCCCGGACGCCGAUGACGUGCACGUUGAUUAAGGCUGCCCCCCGCAUCUCUGAUUCAGAGGGGUUUGGGUUAAAUGCGGAAGACACAUUUUGGUUGAAUGCAUUCAGUUGUACAACUGACUAGAUAUCUUCUUUCCCUUCUUCUCAGUCAGUCAGUCAGUCAGUCAGUCAGCCAGUCAGCCAGUCAGUCAGUCAGUCAGUCAGUCAGUCAGUAGGGUUGGGGAAUAACGUUACUCCCCAUGUAGUCUGUUACAGUACAUGUAACUGAUUAACAAAAAAAACUGUAAUCUGUUGUUACCAACAAAAAUAUUGUAAUCAGAUUACAGAUACUUUUGAAAAACUAAAUGAUUACUUCUAGGAUUACUUUAAAUUCAGAAAGUAUGUUUGGGGAAAAAAACAUGACACCUUUCGGUUUUCUUAAUGAGAUCCAAUUCAGCAUAAAAAAAUUCACAAGUUGAAGUUUAUUUCCGCCUGAGUACAGCCAGGUCACCUAUGAUACAAGUCAGUAUUCGACGUCCAUCCAUGUCUGAGGACGUCGGGAGAUGUGGAAACCGGGCCACUAGAGGCAAUAGUGAGCACUGUUACCUUCAAGUAGGUUUGAGUAAGCAUCUGCCUAUGGUGCCAAAGUUUGCAUGUUCGAAUCCAGCGAUAGAAAGUUGUUUUUGAGAUUUUUGUUUUAAGCCUAUCUUAAACCUUAACCCUAACCUUAACCCAUAACCCCUAACGUAGCUAAUGUUAGCCACUUAGCUAAUGUUAGCAAUAGCCACCUAGCUAAUGUUAGCCACAACAAAUUGGAACUCGUAACAUAUCAUACGUUUGGCAAAUUCAUAACAUAAUGUACGAAUUGCAAUUUGUAACAUAUUGUACGAAUUGCAAUUCGUAACAUAUCAUACGAAAUGGAUGAUGGACAUCCACAAAUGAAUACAUACCAUACAAAACGUAACAUAUCAUACGAAAUGGAGUGUCACGGAUUUACCUUUACUAUGAUACGUCUACCACUGAGUCCAGGUUGUUUCAACUCGAAGCAAUGAGCCCAAUCAGUCCUCCAUGAUGAUGAAAUCAUAAACAGAGCAAGCUAAUAAAUCCUUAGUUUUUGGUUUAUGCUCAGUUAAUCUAUAUUUCCAAGUCCUAUUCUUGAAGAUCAAGGGGUAUAAAAUAUUAGAGUAGAUGGGUAAAAAGCCCACAUAACCCAUUAAGUAAAAUGAAACAUCCAUUUAUGGCCAGCUAUGUAAAAUAACAUUGCUUUAUCCUGCAAUAGAUGUCGUUCAAUUGGUCAUAUUCAUUUUUUAUAACUUCUAAUGCCUCUUAAGGGGAAAGUAAUCUAAAAGUAACUGGAAGUAAUCAGAUUACUUUACUGAGUUUGGGUAAUCCAAAAUUACAAUUUUGGUCAGGCAACUAGUAGCCCUCUGUUUCUCGCUCUCUCUCAUAACCCUAACCCUCUGUCUCUCUCUCAUAACCCUAACCCUCUGUCUCUCUCUCAUAACCCUAACCCUCUGUCUCUCUCUCAUAACCCUAACCCUCUGUCUCUCUCUCAUAACCCUAACCCUCUGUCUCUCUCUCCCCCGCCCAGCCUGUGAGACUGUAGCAGAUGGUCUGUACAACACAGUGUGGACGCUGGGCUGCAGAUCCUUCAUGAACAGCCAGAGGGGAGCGUGUUACUGUGAGGGAGAGGAGAGGGACGAGCUG